CGUGGUUUCGCUCCCAUCGGCGCCGGAAACGUUCAUUCCUUUCCGCCCGAGUCCGGCUUCCGCCCGGUCUUGCGUGCUCUGCCGUUGAAAAUCCCCCUUUUGAGUCUCUGGCUGCUCCCGCUUCCUUAGAGACGGCGGUUUGUGCUCCCACUAUGGCGGACUCAGGGGUUACGGUUCAUCUCGGGCGGUCGCUCACUGACGAUGAGAUGGCGGAGGUGAAAAAGGAAGUCUUGGAGCGGCUCCGUCGCUAUCUAUGCGAUAAAAUAAUUGCAGAAAGACACUUUGAUUAUCUUCGUUCCAAAAAAAUACUCAGUAGAGAGGACACUGAAGAAAUAUCUUGUCGAACCUCAAGUAGGAAAAAAGCCGGGAAGCUGUUGGAUUACUUAGCAGAACAUCCUAAAGGACUAGAUUCCUUGAUAGAAUCCAUCAGAUGUGAAAGAACACAGAACUUCCUAUUAGAAAAGAUUACUGAUGCUGUCUUGAAAGCAAAAAAUGAAAAACUGGAAGCUCUUAAGGGAUUAAGCUGUAGCAACUGCAUGGCUUCGGUAUGUGAGCAGACAAACAACCUCUCUAGGUCCCAGUCAAAUGACUCUAACUUAUUUGAAAAACGAAAAGACAAAGAAACCACCUACCUUCAUCCAGAGGAGUAUAGUACAUCUGCUUUUGUAUCUGCUGCUUCUCUUUGUUCCAUGAAUUUACCUAUUACAGAGGUUGGAAAUACGGAAAACUCUGUUAUCUCAGCUACCCUUCCUCGACCUGGAGACUCUGGAGCACCUCCUCUUCCGCCAGAAUUGCAAAAUGAACAAGAAGAGGCGGGUACCAACUCAAGUGACACUCCCUUCCUGCCUUUGAGAUCCCGCUCGCUUCAUCCACAAUGAUUUGCGGCUUUUCCCUUGAUUAAUUUUUAAGUGAUUUUUCCUUGAGUUAAUUCUAAAAUACAGUGUAGGCUGCCUUGUAUACUGUGCAAAAACUGUUAAUGAACAGUUGAGGCCACAACUCCAGGGCAGACCAAGGUAAUACUGAGAGCAACCUUUUAAACAAAAUAAGUUUCUGUAUCUGAAAGGUGUGUUAGUUUUUGAAAAACUGUUUUCUAUAAUUUCAUAUCUUAAAAAUUCAUUAGGAUGCUUUUUAUUGGUUCUUGCUACUUCAAUGCCUUUUUAAAGUUCUUUUUUAUAUUCAAAAACAAUAUACGAAAAAUGAUACUGGUACUCAGUAGAGUAUUUAAAGAGUUUUAUAAAUUCUUAUUUUUUCAACUUUUCUACAAAUGUACUGUCCAAAUACUGAGAAGAUGUAGCUUGAUCUACAUCCAUGGAAACCAUUUCAUAAUUCUUGAUUAGACAUAUUGAUUCCUGAUACCUAGAGGAAUCAAGUCCUAGAGGUCUCCCUGGUUUCUCCAAGCAUUACAAUCCUCCUCAACUGCCAUGAGGAGGGAGAUUUACCAUAAAGGGGAAACUUGUCAAAAAUAUAGAAAAAGUGAUACUUGAGAGAUUCAGCUGUUGCUGGGACUACAUUAGAAGUAAACUAAUGCUGUGUGACUAAACAUAUACAAGUACAAAGCAACCAGAAAAUAAUAUUGGUCUGGCUGCAAAAUGAUGAAUGUCAAGAAGUCAUCAGUAGAGGAGGAGCAUUGUUUGGCUUGCAGCAGUGUGAGUGUUCAUAUAACAAUGCUUUGUCACAUUAUGGGGUAUCUCUCUUGUCCAGAUUAUGUGCCAUCUGAAUAAAUCCUUCAUUUACUUGUAGCAUGAUGUGCUCUCUGUUGGAGGAAGAUAUGAUCUUCUGGGUAUCCUUGUUCCUGUUAUACUUCUACAGGGUGUUCUUCACAAGAUAUUUUACUUACUAAGGUACUCGGGUACCACCAACCAUCCCUACACUUUCUGUAGUAAUGUCAUUAUACUACAGGUGCCUUAGGCUUCUUUUACAAUGCUAAAUAUAUUUCUAAAGUGAAAAUCUUCUCUUGCUUUUUUAAAAGAUGAAACAAUGCUAUGCUAUAGACAAAAUGCAGUCAGAGAGUGCAGGUGAUCCUCAAGCUGUUAAAGGGGUUCUUUAUGGCCAGACAACAGGAAAAAAGUGCAAAGGAGAUAGAGAACAUGAGAGAAGGGCCUAGCUUGUAAAGUACAUUCAGGAUCUUCCAGCCUCAUUCUUUUCUCUGAACCUUUUAAAAAUCUAAAUAUGUUUAUAUUUGCCUCUUACAGAGAAUAUGUGCUACUCAAUCUGUUUGAAUAUACUGUAUGACAAUGAAAAAUAUAUUAUUUUAGAUAUUAUGUGCUUUAAACAUAAUGAAUGUUAUCAGGGUAGCAUAGGGGAAAAGAAAGGGUCCUAUACCCUUAAUAGAUAGAGGGAGUUUCACUAAGUGCAGCUUGUCAUGCAGGGGAAAGAUGAACAGUACUUGCUGGAAUUCCCUCUUCUAUUCAUCUAUCCUUUAAUAGAUUCAUAGAAGAGGGAAUUCCAACAAGUACUGUUCUGUACUUCUAUACAGGAAUGCUGUCCUCUUUUUUCCUUCUGGCCACAACUCUAGGGUACAACAGAACAUUUUUUCAGGUUUUGCUAUUCCUCUUCCAAUCUUCUGCUGUAGAAGUUGUUUACUGCCUGGGUCUCAGGGAGAAGGUGCUUUUUAUAGUUUAAGAUUAUUCUUCACUUAAAAGAAAGUGAUCUCCUGUGAGAGGUCUUGGAUACCAAUGCAGUUUUUUUCACAAGCCCUUAAUUUAAAAUGUGCAAUAAACAAUCAGGUUUAAUUUCACUAAUAGCCUGGUCCUAUGCAUGUUUGUUCAGACGUUAGUCCUAAUCAGUUCAGUGCAGCUUACUCCUUGGCAAGUGUACAUAGGAUUACAGCCUAAUAGUUUAAUAAUGCUUGGUUUUGAAAAUGAUAGGUUAGUUAUAUGUAAUGCAUUGGUAACUAUCCUCAGAAUACACUAGGUCAGUCUAUAGCUCAAGCUGAUCUGGUGCCUGGUUUUUACCUCCUGUAUACCAUUUCUUUAAAGAGCUUGCUGCCUUUUAUCUUACCUCAAUUCAGACUUCCACAGUAGUGUCUUACUGAGGUUCAACUUCCUGUCUUAGGUGUGUAUCAAUAUAGAUGGAUCAAUCUGUUGCCUACUCUAGAUUCUUCCUGAAUUUUAGGCAAAUCCUAUGUUUACACAACUAUAAGCCAAUGAUCACCAUUACUGUGUGUGAUGAUCCACUUUUUAAAAUCUUCAAAACUUUCCAGAUAUUGAAAGUAUAGGAAUUUUUCUUACGUAAUUAACCCUAUUAUUGGCCAAAGCAUACUAAUGUAAAUACAGGAGGACCUCAAUAUUCGCAGGGGUUCCGUUCCACGGUACAACCACAAAUACAGAAACUGAAUAUCAAGGCAUUAGAGCAAUUGGGGGUUAGGUGCCCAGUUGGGGGGAAACGUCUUUAAAAAUAUCAGAUUUGGGGGUGGGGGGGAAGCUGCCUACCAUCAUAGCUGCUGCCCCUGAGUUGCUCUGUGCCCCCAAAUGGCUCCAUAUUGGCCAAAAAUCGCUAAUUCUUGUUUGUUUGUUUGUUUGUUUUAAAAAUUGAGCCAUUUUGUGAUUCUGAAAUGACCGCUUCCAGUCAUUUCCGGCCACCCUCGACCUGCAGAUACAUGAGGUCAACGUGUUCCCCCCCUCCCCCCCCCCCCCCGAAGCUGCUCUGGGAAGAGCAGAAGGUUUCAAGUUCCCUCCCUGGCUUCUCCAAGAUAGGGCUGAGAGAUUCCUGCCUGCAACCUUGGAGAAGUCGCUGCCAGUCUGUGAAGACAAUACGGUGCUAGAUGGACCAAUGGUCUGACUCAGUAUAUGGCAGUUUCCUAUGUUCCCCCCACGUAUGCUGAAGUCGGGUGUCUUUUACCCAACCACGGAGACACCAACCCACAGAUAUUGAGGUCCUCCUGUACCCAGAUAGCUACUUAGACCUUUCCUGAAGUGUAAUAUGUUAUACCAUGUAAAUUGCUGAACAAUCACAUGACUAGCUGUAUUAAAUAGAUAUAUUUGAAAAUGAUAGUACCCUUAAAAUGUUUGAAACUUUUUUAAUGGUGUAAACUUUUAUAUAAAACAAUACUGAAUUGAAACAUUGUUUCCCAAUACUUCCCUGGUUCAGGUUUUGAACUGUGUAAUCUGAGAAGCAUUAACUUCUAAGAAAUUGUCAAUAGAUUCCCCACCCCCAAUUAGAUUUGCCUAUGCCAAUACACUACACAUUUGCUAACCUCAUGUCCUGUUCAAUGGCAACUAGUAUAGAUGGAAAGGCUUGUGUUCUUAACAUUCUAGGGGAGCAGCAGAUCAUAGCUUAAGAGUUGACAAAUGUCAAGAAACUUUGUCUAGUGCAGAUUCUAUGUGCUAUUUUUGUCUUGAGUGUCCAGUGAUUAAAAAAUGAUGUUGGACAGUAAGAUGUUUCUUCUAUUUGAAAGAGCAAGGUUGGGGAUUGUUCUCUCAAUGGUGUUUCCUGUUUUCCUGUAAAGCUGAAGAAAUAAGCAUAACUGAAGUAAUUCACUGUCCAGGUCAAUAAAGAUUUUACCCUUUCA